AUGGAGGAGAAAAAUCGCGAGCGAAGAGAGAAAUACCAAGCAUUAGAUUUGGAAACUUCCGGACGUCGUAAUUACCAGUAUUCGCGUAAAUGUUUGAAAUUAACUGACGCCGAAGUUAAUUCCUUAUUACAAAGUCAACAAAACUACGUUAUUCGUUUUCAGGUUAAUCAAAGAAAAAAUUACCAACUAAUUGAUUUAGUGCGAGGCCCCGUUAAUUUUCCCGGUAGUGAUAUCGAGGAUUUUGUGCUUUGUCGAAGCAACGGUGUUCCUUUGCUAAAUUUUGCUGUGCAGUUGCAAAAACAGUUAAGUCAAUUACCAAAAUGGGAAUUAGAAGAUAUCAAAUUAGGGCUACAAUCGGUCUGUUUAGACAAUCAAGCACCCAAAAAAGAGUUUUAUUCAUUAAUAAGAAAAUUACUAACCGGAAAACAAAGAGGACCCGAACUACCGCAAAUUAUUUUCUUGCUGGGAAAAAAGUUAGUCGAAAAAAGAUUAAGCAAGGAUUUUCGUGGUUUUUUUCCAAUUUUACGCGAACAAAAAAGUCUAGUUUAUUUGGAUAAUGCGGCAACCAGUCUUAAACCCGAGACGGUAAUCCAAGCCGUUACUGAUUAUUACCAAAAAUGUUCUAUUAAUUCUCAUAGUGAAAGCAAUAAUCCUUGGUUUCAACAAACUCGCCAAUUAGUUGCCAAAAAGAUUGCAGCCCAAGCCGAAGAAAUUAUUUUUGUUCCUUCGGCUACUUACGCCUUGAAUAUUUUGGCUUUGUCCUUGUGUGAUUACUUAACUUCGGGUGAUAAAAUUGCUCUAACCCAUUUAGAACACAGUUCUAAUCUUUAUCCUUGGCAAGCGGCCGCCCAAUCCCAAGCAGCCGAAAUAGUUUUUUUGCCUCUCACUAAGGAUUUUGUUAUUAAUAUCGACCAAUUACCAAACUACAUUAAUCACCAAACUAAAAUAGUUAGUUUUUUUCAUCUAAGUAAUAGUUUAGGCACAAUUAAUCCGGUGGCCGAAAUUACUCGCCAAAUUAAAAAAAUAAAUCCGGAAUGUUUGGUCAUUGUGGAUGCUUGUCAAAGAGGUGGUAAAAAAAAUAGUCCGGACGAAAAAAUUACCCCACUGGAUUUAUUUUUACCCCAAAAAUUUGAAGUAGGAACUUUACCUUUAGCCCAAAUCUUUGGUCUGCGGGCCAGUUUGGAGUUUGUAAAUAAAUUAAAUUUGGCCGAGAUUAACCAUCACGAAACUCAACUGCGUAAUUACGCUCUUCACCAAUUAAACCAAAUCCCUAGCCUGAUUAUUUACAAUCAAAAACAAUUUUCCCCUACUAUUAUCACUUUUAACUUGGCUGGUUGUCACGCCCACGAUGUUGCUGAUUACUUGGGAAAAAAGAAUAUUUUACUCCGGGCCGGAGAUUUUUGUUGUCCGUAUUUAGCCGAAGUAAUUGGUGUUAACUCGGCUUUGCGGAUUUCUCUUGACAUACAUAAUAACCAGGAUGAUAUUGACCGCUUAAUUGACUGCUUACAAGAAAUUGUUAAUAAUCCGCAAGUUUUAGUGCCUUUUGGUUAG